CAAAAAUAAAAAAACCACGGCACGACCUCUUCAAACCACCACGAGCCUGUGCUGCUACUGCACCACGCUACGCUAAGCCAACGGCCACGGAAGGGGGUUUCCCUUUUGCAUUAAUUGCUUCUUCUUCUUCCUUCAGCAUCCGCCUUCCCUCUGUCCCCCUUCUCUUUCUAUAUUAUCAUCACUUUGGCUUCCUCCAUCAGCAGAUCGAAAACAAUGGACGGAUUCGCCCGCACUGCUUCCUUCAGAUCCUCCACUUCGUUCCCGUCUUCGGCGGCCAUGAGAGGCAGGGAGAGAGGCAGCCGCCGAUGCACUGUGUCUUUCGUGGUAAAAAGAGUCGCUUGUGCCGUUUUCAUCUGUGUUUUUGCAAUAGUUGGUUCAUUAGUAGGGGCAAUCACUGGUGCUCUUAUUGGCCUAGCUACUGAGAGCGGAUUACUACGUGGGGCUGGAAUUGGAGCUAUUUCAGGGGCAGUCUUCUCCAUUGAAGCUGUUGAGUCAUCUCUAUAUUUAUGGAGAUCCAGAGAGUCAGGAAUUUGGAGUGUUUUAUAUGUGUUCGACAUAAUAUGUAGCCUAUUUAGUGGAAGAAUUGUUCGGGAAAAGGUUGGCCCAGCAAUGCAGAAUGCUGUACAAAGCCAGAUCAGUGCUAUUGACUUGCCUUCUGUAGAGCCCUCUGAUUUAUUCGCAACAGAUAGCAUGACAGGAGGGUUAUCCAUGGAUUCUGUGACAAGGCUCCCAAAGAUCAAAAUUACUGCAGCUAAUAUUGAAGCUGCAGGUGACAAAUUCUGCUGUUCAGUAUGCCUGCAGGACUUCGAAACUGAUGAAACAGUGAGAUGUCUGCCUCAUUGCCAACAUUUGUUCCAUUUGCCAUGCAUCGAUAGCUGGCUCAUCAGGCAUGGCUCUUGUCCACUUUGUAGAAGAGAUAUCUAGAUUUUCUCUCUCUCUGUAAAUUCCAGAAUCCAGAGAGUAGCUUGGGCUCUAUCUUUUAGCAGUGUGUUUGCUUAUAUAUUUUCUUUCACAUCCUACUUGUUUACCUUUUGCUGGCACACAUCUUUCUGUAUCUUGCGACUGUAGCUGUAGAGUGCUUAAUAUUAGAUGCUUUAGUUUGUAG